GUGGUAUGUACCAAAAACAAAAAAGAAAGAGUAUAAGAAGCUGUUGAUGAGAGAAACAAAUCUAUCACAAUUCACAAGAGAGCCAUAAUCAUCAUCAUCUGUGUAAACAAAGCACUCUUCUCACUACCAAAAAACUCUUUCAACAAGUUCUUAAAAUCCUCAACCGAAACUGAAACCCUAAAUCUAAAACCUCUCGAGUUUCCCCUAAAUCGAUUCGAUUUUUCCUUCGAAAACCCUAGUUCGUUCAUCAUUCUCCAACAUGGACAUCGAACAGAGACAAUCGGAACUCAUCGAUCACUUCGUUAAGCAAGCCACUGCCGCAUCCAACGCUCCCGCUCUCACUUCCGUCAUUGUCGAUGCAACUUCUCACCCUUUGCUCUUCGCUUUCUCGGAGAUUCUCGAUCUCCCCAAUGUUGUUCAGCUUGAAGCAACUGAUAGCAAAGUCUACCUUGACAUGCUUAGGCUGUUUGCACAUGGAAUAUGGAGUGACUACAAGAGUAAUGCUGAGCGCCUUCCACAAUUGGUACCUGAUCAGAUCCUCAAGCUUAAGCAACUUACUGUUCUUACACUUGCUGAGACGCACAAGGUACUACCCUAUGACCAGUUGAUGCAGGAGCUAGAUGUGACAAAUGUUCGCGAGCUUGAAGAUUUUCUGAUUAAUGAGUGCAUGUAUGCGGGCAUAGUCAGAGGGAAGCUGGAUCAGUUGCGACGAUGCUUGGAGGUCCAAUUUGCAGCUGGUAGAGACUUGAGGCCCGGUCAACUGGGGAAUAUGAUACAGACACUCUCCAACUGGUUAUCUACAUCCGAAAAUAUGCUUGUUUCAAUUCAAGAUAAGAUAAAAUGGGCUGAUUCAAUGAGUGAAGUUGACAAGAAGCACCGGAAGGAUGUGGAAGAGAAGGUUGAUGAAGUCAAGAAGUCCCUUUUCAAGAAGUUACACACUGUAAGCAGGGCGACAUCGACUUCCGAGGGCAUGAGGAGAUCUGCUCUGAAUCUGGUGGAGUGAUGGAUUAUGAAGAAGAUCGAAGCCGACCAAAGAGGAGGCGGCAUCCAAUAUCUUGAGGAUUAUAGUAGAUUAAGGAGCUCAAUGAAUUGGGUGUUUUUAGUUGCUUGCCUGACUUUUAUUCAUGGCAUGUGUCAAUUGCGAGUAUCAGCUUUUGGAGACAAUUAAAUCUCAUCCAUAUUGCACUUGUCUUUCACACUACAAAGCGAGAUAGGAACAAGGAACAAAAAGGAACACUUUUAUUUCUUUGAGGCAGUAUUUUGGAUAUUGAUAGUAUUUCUCGAACCAUUGUUAAUACUUGCGUGGUUAGAACAAGCUGAGGCGGUGAUGUGGUUUUUUUAAUCUAGGUUGCUAAAUGCUACAAUUUCUUCUGUUUUAUGCUUCAUUUAUACUGUCUCAAUUCCAUUGCUAUACUUGUGUCAAAACAAAAUUCCAUUGCUAUACUUUCUAGCUUAUAUGUAUAUUCCCAAAAUUAGAUAUGUACUGUGGCGAGUUACAUAGAUUAAUCCACCGAUGGGAAUGAAUUAUCUGUAUUAAGUACCCCUGAUGUUCUACCCAUUAGAUCAAUCUCAACCAUUCAAACACCGUAAUUUUUUUCUUCUAUAUUAUAUGCACGGUCUCUUUUGUUUUUUUAGGGUUUUUAGAUUUGGCAUGACCCUAAUGUUAAUGAAGAGAUUCUAUUCCUUUCGACCA